GUUCUUUUUUCCCAUCUCUGAAGCCCUCCGAAAUGGUCUUCAAGGUCAUUUUCUGGCUGGGGUACUUCAACAGCUGUGUGAACCCCAUCAUCUACCCGUGCUCCAGCAAAGAGUUCAAGCGAGCUUUCAUCAGGCUGCUCAAGUGCCAAUGCCACCGGAGAAGACGGCCCAUCUGGCGCGUCUACGACCACCACUGGCGAGGGGCCUCCAUGAACAGCUCGGUGCAAGACUCUGAGACGGACCUGAGGCCCAGGAUUAACACCCUGAACAGCUCGUUCAUAUUUAACUCCUCGUUUCAGGAGAGAGCCAGUAAGAGGCGAACACUCAGCUUCAAGGGCUGGAAAAUGCUCACUCCUUUCCAGAAACCAGCAUCCACCCAGCUGAAGGAGAAGAUGAAUAGCCUUUCUAAUAAAAUCCGGGGUGGUUCCAGCAAAGGGGGGGUGACAGCCAUGUACAAAACAGAAGUGGAAUCUGUCUCUAUCGGGAUCCCUCAUGACUUCACGGAAACCAUCGAUUAUCAAACCUAUGACUUAACAGACUGCUGCGGGCUGCGAGAAACAGAUAUUUGA